CUAUUACUAGCCUAUUUCCUACUCUUAUAGUACAACUUAUUUCCUUAUGUGUAAAACCCAAAGAAGAACUUGUAUAAAGAAACAGAUCAUAAAGGAUUUGAGCUUUGAUUUUUCUCCAUGGAUUUAUCAAGUCUUUGAGUUUCAGACUGGAAACUAAGCCUCGGAGUAAAAGAGAGAACAAAAGCACUCUUGUGCUUAUCAUAGCAUGAAGAAACUUGACUCUUUCAUCUCAGUCUCUUUCGUAGUCCGAUUCGAACAGAAACUGGAGCAAUAAGAAAAAGAAGAAGAAGAACCUUGAAGGUGAGUUAAAAAAAAAAGAAGAUUUGUGCAUCUGUUUCUGAAACGUUUACAGAUGGCUAGAUUUUUACUUGCGACGCAAGCUACCCCGACUAUUUCAGCUACUGAUGCAAAUCCUAGAACCUUAGGAGACUCUGUCAGCAACAACAAGAAUAUAGCUAGCAUGGAUACACACAUGGUGAUCAUACUAGCCGCUCUUCUAUGCGCCUUGAUCUGUGCUCUUGGCAUCAAUUCGGUCUUGCGCUGUGUCUUACGCUGCACGAGAAGGUUCACUCCCAACGAAGAUCCAGUUGACACCAAUGCAAACGUAGCAAAGGGGAUCAAGAAACGGGCGUUGAAGGUUAUUCCGGUUGAUUCAUACAGUCCUGAGCUUAAGAUGAAAGCCACGGAGUGUUUGAUCUGUUUAGGAGAUUUUGUUGAAGGAGAGACAGUUAGGGUUUUGCCCAAAUGUAACCAUGGCUUCCACGUCAAGUGCAUCGACACUUGGUUGCUGUCACAUUCCUCUUGCCCCACUUGCAGACAAUCACUCCUCGAACAUCAGACUCCAGCAAAUGGUUCCCGGCGGGGUGAUGACGUGGCAACGUAACAGAGCUUCAUGAGGUCACUUUCAAUGUUGAGUGUUUGCUUCACCUAAGUAGGUUUUCUUCU